AUGGCGCCUGGAGGCCUUCCAGACAUUUCGGGCAUGACCUCCUUGAAGGUGGACAUCACCGGGGCCAUUCCAGAGACUUGGACUGCCGAUGAAUUGCGUCGCAAGUUCGAGAGGUUUGGUGAUAUUGGAGAUGUGUUCAUACCGCGGGAGAGGUUCUCCGACAGGCCUAGGCCCUUCGGCUUCGUGCGCUUCAUGGAAGACGAGGACGCCAACGAGGCCAUCAAGGAGAUGAACGGCACCAAAUUCGAGGGGAGCACGCUCACCGUGUCCAAGGCCAACCGAAGCCGUGAGGAGGCUCGCGCGGAGUCGGCGCGGGAGGAUGGACGGCAGAAAAGCAAGAAGCGCUCCAGCUCGAGACGUCGUUCGCGAUCCCGCCGACGGCGCUCGUCCAGGUCAUCACGAUCACGGCCACGGCAAAGAUGUGUCUCCAGUGACAGUGGAAGGAAGAGGAGAAGGAGGCGGCGGAGUAGCAGCAGCCGGAGCAGUUGA